AUGUCAGAUCGAGUGUUCCUCCAACAGCUGUACCCAGAGCCCGGGAAUCCGGUUACGCCCAAUAUCGAUAUCGUAGUAGUCCACGGUGUCAAUGGCGAUCCGAUCAAGACGUGGGAAUGCGACAACACAUCCAAGCAGAAAUCACAGUCGAAACCAGCACCAGGACAUGCCCAAACAUCCAACGUCGAAUCUCAUACAGACCCCGGAACGAGCCUCGUCCUUUGCGACCGCCAUGGCCCUGUGAAUCCGAGGACGAAGGACGGCAUUUUGCCAGAGAGGAUCAUCUGGCCGCAAGACUUACUCCAUCGACAACCGAGACUGGAAAGAGCAAGAACCUUCACCUUUGGAUACAACGGAGACGUCUUUCAUAACGAUUCAGUAGCCGGCAUCCGUGACCUGGCCAGGACUCUUCUCGAUUUACUCGACCUCGACCGCAAGGGUAUCGAUGCCCGUCGCCCCAUCGUGUUCGUUGCCCACUGUCUGGGAGGCCUUAUUGUCAAACAAGCUCUCUUGAUCGCCCAGUACGAGCGCAGAUACCAACACCUUGCCGACGCAACAGCCGGUAUCAGCUUCCUAGGGACACCACACCUGGCGAACUCCAAAGACAACUGGUCUCACCUCGCCAAAGCAUACUCAGCUCUCGAUUCACCCCGCAGCGGAGGCUUCUUCCGGAGAAUCGGGCUCUCCCACUCGAAGCUCGUCAAGGCCCUACAAAAGGAUUCCGAGCAGCUCGUCAACCUAAUGGACGACUUCCGCCACGUUCUCGCCGACGGGACCAGAGGAGUCGACGCAAAAGGCCGCACCUCCCUGAGAUGGAAAAUCGUCAACUUCUGCGAACAGCUCCCGCUGCCGGGCGCCAAGGAUUUGAUCGUCGACCAGACGGUGGCCGACAUGGCGAUACCUGGCGCGGAGCCCAAGCCGGUCCACCGUGAUCAUGUCACCAUGUGCCAGUUUGGCUCGGAUAACGAACCUGGGUUCAAGCAGCUGUGUUCUUUCAUCAGGGAGAUGGUCCCCCAGGAACAGUCUUCGACAACGAGAACUGGAGAAGAGAACCCACGAGUCAAUGUUCAGUUCAACGCGACCGUCGGGGGUAGGGGAACUCUGCAGAUUAAUGGGACAGUUACGAGCGUCUCGUAUUUGGCGGAGGGUCACUCGGAACAGCCUUCCGGGGGUCUCCAACGUCAUGGAGCGCCUCUGGCUCAGGGUGCGCACCAUGGUAACUCUUUGAAAUCUGGACCGCGCCAGGGAUAUUAUCUGGAAAAAGGUCAGCCAGAGGCAUCAACGGUACGAGACUGCAUCCGUGGCACCGAGGCUUCCAACAUUCCGGUGAUGGCUGCACGGUCGUCGGUCGGUGUUGGUAGACGUUGA